ACAUAAACGGGACGCAAUACCUCAGCCCUUGUCCUGAGUAGCGAUCCGGACACUCGCGCGCCCCUGAUCGGAGUACACGGAGGUCCCGGCCUAGCACCCGAUUACUACUACCUUCUCCUCAGGCUAGUCCUUUCAUUCGGUUCCUGGGAGUGAAAACUGAUGGGAAUAUUACUAUGUUCGCGCCGGACGGUGAACUCGGGUCGUCGAUGAUAAUCGACAGGCUACACCUGAUCCAGGUGCCUACCCUCAUCAUCAACGGGAGGAUGGAUAUCUCGCAGGGCUUUGUGAUGUGUCCCUUCCUCGAGAGGAUAUGGAAGGUGAAGUGGCGUACCUUUGAUGGAACGGUCAAGCCAUACACCGAUGUGGGAGGAGAGGGAGGAGUUCAAGCAAGAAAUCUCGCAUUCCCAGAUAUGAAGUUCUCAUGAAUAUAGUGCAUAUGUCCCUCAGGGUGUACGACGCUAGACGUAGUUUCAAACUCACCAUGCAUGUAAGUACAUCUCCG